UCAGGGAGAAGGCAGAUCUGCUGUAGAUCUGAAGCAAAUAGGAAAUGUGCAGGGCAGUGUGGGCUGCUUCAGUACACGUUCGUGGGGGACAUAUUUAUGGUUCCUGAUGACCCUCUGGGAAGAAACGAACCUCGGCUAGAUGAAUUUCUUCCAAAGGAGGGCUUUCUUAGAGACAUGCAGCCACUACUCAAUGCCCUGCCAGGUGUGGGCAUGUUCGAUCCUGGCUUCCGGAGCCCCAACACCCAAGUAGCCAACACCAGCCACCAGCCUCCAUCCAGGAACCAGGGAACCUCUUCAGGCCCUUGGCUUCCUCAGCAGCCCCACUUUACACCCCUGGCCACCGUUCCCAGUAUGCAGCAGAACCUUUUCAUACAAGCACAGAGAUCUUCCACAGAGACCAGUGAGCUGAGGGCAGCCCUGCUGAAGAUCUUCCCUGACUCUGAGCAGAAACUGAAGAUCAACCAGAUCCUGGUAGCUCAUCCAUACAUGAAAGACCUGAAUGCCCUUUCUGCCCUGGUACUGGACUGAAGGCUGGGCUGAGAGCCCACUGCUGAUGGGGACCAGAGGGAGCUGCCUACUGUGGAGUCCCGUACUGGGGAGAAGCUUGUGCUAAUAGCCCACCAGGAUGAGCACCUAGUCUGGGUGUCAGCAUGCCACUCUGUCCUGCAGUCCAGGCUGUCCUUGAA